CCUCUGGCUCUGGCUCUGCCUCUGGCUCUGUGCCUGCGGCGUCAGGACUGACGACAUCCUCCUCGCCGCAGAAGACUCAUUGACACAUCCCGUCGCAAAGGACUGUCGGGAGCUACUUCGGCGUUGGGAGGCUCUAGAUCCAGAGUGCCCAUCGCCAGUGCGACUCGACGACGGGCCAGACAGGUCGACAAGGAACGGCUGGGGUAGAUGCUCACUCGCUUUUGCAUACAUCCCGGAGAACGGCAUCGUGGGAAGCACUGCUCAAGCGCUGUGAAGGACUUGGUGCCAGCAUAUUCUACUACGAGGUGCGUCGUCCCGUAUAGAGUCCUUGAUCGACGGCAACAUCCUGUUCUCCAAAUCAUGCACCGACGGCACCCCUGCGCAUUGCUUGCCGCGUAGACCUCAACUCAGCUGCAGCAAGACACACGCUGCCUGCUGCCUGCCAUCUGGCUCGUGUCGCACGUUGAUGAACACUGAGGGCAUGUUGCGGAGAACGGGAACGAGCACUGAUCGCGCGCAUAGAUCUUCCGACCCGUAGAAUAAUAUGACGUGCUGAGCCACACAUGGCAGCAACAACGCGCGCGACUACUCCAUCAACCUUCGCUGCUCUCGACGGAGCCCCACGUACACCGACAUCCAUAUUGCCCGGCGCCGGCGGACCCAAUACCACUUCCGCCACCGCCGUCGAAAACCCGAGUCUCUUGCGCCCGCACGCGAAAGCAGUAGUCGACCGCGCGACAGCGAGUCUCUCGCCCAACUCAGACAAGGCGCACUCAUCGCCCCGAUCCACGCCAUUGCCGCUCACGGGUGCAGCGGCGAUGGCAGAGUUGAAACGCAGGAAACAGCAGCAGCACCACCAGAACAACCACGCAGGAUCGCGCCAGACCACUCCGAACCCGCAGGUGCAGGCGAUGCAGACGCUGUUGGGCACUGGUGGAAUGAGCAGGCCCGAGGAUGCGCCGGCGCCAAACAAAAUGAGUGAGCCAUUUCGAAAGAUGGCAGAAAAGAUCAAUGUGCCCGAGAACCACGCGCAUAUGGAUUCGGAGCAAGAAGUCAGUCCCGUCAGCCUGGGUAGUUUUGGAUCCACCCUGGAAGGCGCAGGCGCAGGCGCAGGCGGCAACAACGCGAUGACCGCCACAUCAAACGACCAAACUCAUGCCCCAGGCGCGUUUGUGGCUGAGCCGGCGCAGAUGACUGAAGGGGACUACCAACACAACAACGGAACUCACCUCGCCGUUCAGGACCAGGACAAGCAGAUGUCUCUGUCAUAUCCUGGGCCACCACCACAAUCUGAGCAAGAUCAAGAUGGAGCAGGUCCUUCACGCAGCAUGACCUUGCCAGGCUUCGGCCAAGCCAGCCCCAAAUCGCCUGCAGGUCCUAACAAGAGACACAAGUGUCCAUACUGCGCCACCGACUUUACCAGACACCACAAUCUGAAGAGCCAUUUACUGACGCACAGUCAAGAAAAGCCAUAUGUCUGCCAAACGUGUCAGGCACGCUUCCGGCGCUUACACGACCUGAAGCGCCACACCAAGCUUCAUACUGGAGAGCGACCGCACACGUGCGACAAGUGUGGCAGGCGAUUUGCACGUGGCGACGCGCUUGCGAGACACAACAAAGGUCCCGGUGGCUGUGCGGGCCGGAGGGCAAGCUUCGGUGGCGACGAUGAGUUUGGGGAUGGGGGAGAAGGCAUGGAUGGCGUCGAAUAUCAAGACGACGACGAAGGCACUGAUGAACACGGCCGACGCAUCGGCGAGCCGAAUCGAAAACGCCAGCAGCUCGAAACUCCGCAGGAUCCCAACCGGGCCGUGUACCGACAGCACUCGAGCACAUAUCCGCCUACACCGCUUUUCGGAGAACCGACUAUGUUGACCUCUUCCCCAAAGCCGCUGUCGCCUGGACAGCCUCAAGAUCAGCAUCGCUUGAGCGUCGGCGAUGGUUCUGUUCAGCUCGGGCGCAAUCGCUCGACCAGUUUGACUACGCAAUUCCAGCAACAACAUUUUGGACGGGGCUCGGGAGCUCGGACGCCACCACAGGCCAAUGCUCAAUUCCAGCAAGGUGCGCCACACAUCAACUUGCCACCCAUAGGCUCGACAAGCCAGCCACAGGCUCGUGGCGGCAUGCAAGCUGCUGCUCCUGCUGCGAUGUCCGGUGGUGCAGCGCCUAACGUGGCUGCCCUCCCGCAGUCGUUCAACGCAUCUGCUCAGCACGGCUCAAACCCCGGUAGCCUGUCGAGUCAUGGCAGGUCGUCAGGAAGCAGUAUGCGCGACUUGGCUGGACAGGAGCCUAAUGAUCUCUGGGGCUACGUGCGGCAGCUCGAGCAGAAAUUCGGUAGGAUGCAAGACGAGUACGAGCUACGCAUUUCGCGGCUGCAGGAGGAGUUGAUCACGCUUAGGGGGCAGGUGAACAACCUCAACGGCAACACCGGAAGCUACAGCAGCGACAUGGGAAGGCAAGGGCCUUACCCGUGACUACAAGGUCGCAAGACCACCGACAUUAAUGUACAUUACCCAUUAGCGUACCGGACGCCACAGGCCAUCGCUCAAGCAACGUUGACGGAGCAGGCCCGGACGGCUUGAUACGCGGAAACCGAUAUACCCCAUGCUGUUUUGACAUCGAAAGGACAUGACUGGCGUUACUGUCUGCAAGCGAGUCGAAGGUAUUGAUGUUUGUUUGCGGCGGCUGUACGACUACUGCGGGAAGCACGGCGAGGAGUAGAGGCGAUGAGGGUGGAGGAGGGUAUUUUGCUUGCUCACGUUGCAUUUGUGAUUUUGGAUUCCCCCUCGUUCGCUUUUGAGUCAAUCGCUGUAUUUAGAGGAAAGAGAGCACAGAUUGGCGAAUCUGCGAGACCACGCUCUCAACAAUGAAUGGCACGAAUUGAUAGACGGCAUCGUACGAGUGCGGAAUGUGAUGAUGAUGAUGAUGAUG